GUUUGACAUUUUUAAAUGAAAUGAGGUUAUGUUAUUGUUUAUGGUUUAAAUUCGUUUUUAUUUGAUUUUUCUUUCACUGCACCCAUUAUUUUGCGUUAACAGACAACAAAAGUGUUUUGAAUUAAAUCGUGAAGCAGAUAUAGAAGUAAUUUAUGAAGUGCCUUGUUGGCUACUUUCUCUUCAUGGAGACAUAACGUGUCCAGUAGUACCGUUAUUGCAUUAUUCGUCUUGAGUGUAGUAUGCUCACAUCAUGAAUUAUCGUGAAAAUGGCUCAAAAAGGUGCAAAUUUACAAAAAAGUUUUUGGUGGUUAAUUUUUGGUAUUAUUUGUGUUUUAACUGUAACAACGAGGUUUUAUAAAAUAGCAGAACCGGACCAUGUCUGCUGGGAUGAGACCCAUUUUGGAAAAAUGGGCAGUUGGUAUAUCAAUAGAACUUUCUUUUUUGAUGUACAUCCGCCUCUCGGCAAAAUGUUAAUAGGACUUUCUGGUUAUUUAACUGGUUAUGAUGGUACGUUUGCGUUUGACAAACCAGGUGAUAAAUACGAAAAUACUAGUUACGUUGGAAUGCGUGUGUUUUGUACAGCUUUGGGGGCCACUUUGGUCCCAAUGUCAUUUCUGGCAGUUGAUGAGAUGACCCAAUCAAUCACAGCAGCCACUUUUGCAUCUCUUUUGAUACUUUUUGAUGUGGGACUUCUUACUCUAACCCAAUACAUACUUCUGGACCCCAUUUUAUUAUGUUUUAUCAUGGGUUCAGUUUUGGGGGCUGUGAAAGUUUCAUCACCCAGAAUCACAGAAUUUACAGCGACUUGGUGGGUUUGGUUGAUUUUUACGGGGACCAUGUUGGCGUGUUGUAUAUCUGUGAAAUUUGUGGGACUCUUCGUGGUACUACUAGUGGGGCUUAUGACCAUUGCUGAUUUAUGGAAUAUUUUAGAAAAUAUGUCACGACCAGUGAUGGAUACAGUUAAGCAUUUAUUAGCAAGAGGAAUUUGCCUGAUCGUUUGGCCUAUACUCCUUUAUAUAACUUUCUUCUACAUACAUUUAACAGUAUUAAACAGAAGCGGAAAUGGUGAUGGCUUCUACAGUUCUGCGUUUCAGUCUCAAUUAAUAGGAAACAGUCUCCAUAAUGCAAGUAUGCCCCGCCAAGUGGCUUACGGGGCUAUAAUCACACUAAAAAACCACCGGACCGGUGGGGGGUACCUACAUUCCCAUUACCAUCUAUAUCCAGAAAAUGUUGGAGCUAGACAACAACAGAUCACCACUUACACCCACAAAGACGAUAACAACAAGUGGUUGAUCAAAAAAUACAACACUGAAGACACUUCCGGCAUUACAAUCGUCCGCAGUGGCGAUUUAAUCCGUCUAGAACACGUCCCAACCAGACGCAACCUCCAUUCGCACAAAGAACAAGCCCCCAUCACCAAAAAGCACUACCAAGUGACCGGUUAUGGCGAAAACGGAACUGGAGACGCUAACGACGUCUGGAAAAUCAGUGUUAUCGGGGCCAAAGACGGCAGUGAAGUUACUGCAGUCAGCAGCAAAUUAAAAUUCGUCCAUUAUUUACAAUCUUGCGUUCUAACAACAAGUGGCAAACAACUCCCGAAAUGGGCAUACGAGCAACAGGAGGUUUCGUGCAACCCAAAUCUCAGAGAUCCUCACGGUGUGUGGAACGUCGAGGAGAAUAUUUUUGAAAAAUUGCCAAAUGUGAGUUUCGAAGUGUAUGCGCCAAGUUUUUUUGAACGGUUUCUCGAGUCUCACGCUGUGAUGUUUCAAGGGAAUGCCGGGUUGAAGCCGAAAGAAGGGGAAAUCACAUCGAGGCCGUGGCAGUGGCCUAUUAAUUACAGAGGCCAAUUCUUCUCUGGUUCUAGUUACAGGGUGUAUUUAUUAGGAAAUCCGGUCAUUUGGUGGGCCAAUUUAAUUUUCCUGUUAGUAUUCGUAUUUGUUUUUGGAGCUAAUGCGAUUCGGCAACAGCGAGGUUACAUAAAAUCAUUUUCUGAGUCUCACAAUGAGAAAUUGGUGGCUUGCGCGUGGCUGUUUUUGGGGUGGCUUUUACAUUAUGUGCCGUUUUGGGCAAUGGGACGCGUUUUGUACUUCCAUCAUUAUUUUCCGGCAUUACUUUUUAGUUCAAUGGUUACAGGUAUCAUCAUUGAUUAUUUAUUGGAAGAGAUACCAAAUUUUUUUGGAGAAAAGACUGGCAAUGUUGUUUAUCACACAUUGGUGGCGUUGGUGUUGUCCACAGUGGUUUAUAGCUUUUAUUUGUUUUCGCCAUUAACAUAUGGAAUGAGCGGUUCCAAUGCCAACGAGCCCAAUUCUACCAUGUAUGGGCUGAAAUGGUUGGAUACGUGGGAAUUUUAAUGAUUUUAUACAGAAUUUUGUAUUUUUCAAUAUUAAAAAUUAUUAUCCAGUAA